AUGGCGGAACAGAAAGAGCAGGGGGCCAACCUCUCUCGCAUUUCCUCAGGUCCCAGAAACCUGCCCUCCCCAUCCACGGAGCGGUGUCCUCCGCCCCCCUGUUCGCCACCCCUGGGCCUCAACCCUCGCCCACUCCCCACCAGCCCGACCCCACUCUUCCCGGCGGCCGAGGGGAGGGCGGAGCGAGCAGGCUGCAGCCCUUACCUGGGACGCGUCGCCGGCCCAGCUCCGGCGCGGCGUCUGGGGCCAAGUCCAGGCGGGGCGCGAGCGGGGGUGGGAGGGACUCGGCGCAGAGAGAGGGGCCAGGCCCAACCCUGGUCUGAGGUGGCGGGGCUCAGGCGGGGGAUCGGGGCGCAGGGCCUGCCUCUCCCCGGGACUCGGAGCUGGCUGCGCUCCGUCUCUCGCCCUCGCGCUGGCCUCUGCCCGCGCUCGGCUCCUUUCUCGCAGCGAGGGUGGGCCGGCGCCUGCAUCACCGUGACAUCACCUCCAUUGAGGAGCUCAUCGGGCGCCCGGGGCGCUCCAGCUCCUAGGACUGCCGGCUUGGAGCAGCCUGAUACCACCUGGCAUUUUGAGAGGACCCAGGUACCAAGGUGGCCCCUUAAGAAGCAGGAAGCCAGGGGCCAGGGAGCAGGUGCUGCUGGCUUGCCCUGGACAACGGGAAUCCUGGUAGAGCACAGGCCCUGGGGCACCAAGAUCAGAGUCACGACAUAGAGGCCAAUACGUGGCCACCAUCUAGCCUGGCUUUACUCCCACAUCCUGACCACAGCUCUGACCUAGAAGUUGAAUGGCUUCGUGGGAGUGGUUUCAGAUUGUCUGCUGGACAGCUGUGCAGGCACAGGCCCUGAUGUGGGGGUGGUGAGGGCAGCUUGAAGUGGAAGAGGGAAGCCGACCAAACAAUGCAUUCAUUGAAUGCGCCAUCUUUCUUUAAUAAAGAACUUGUCACCAGCCCCGUUUAUUUGCAGUUCUCAGGCAGAGAGGAGAUGGAUCCUUGCUCAGCCAGCCUCACCUCCCAUUUAUUUCCUGACUUCACCCCUAUUCCUGGCUCCUAGCCGUGGUUUACCUUAAACUUGCAUUAUACUCCCUGGCUUUCCAAACCCACCCUGGCCCACCUUUCCCCCUUCCUGCGUCCUUUCCCUGUCCCUUCUCUUAUCCUACUAACAUCAUUGUGGACCUCAGAGUGUGCCGGGCACCUGGACACCAGGAACUACCCUCAAAAGUUCACACAUGGUGUGUUAAUUUCCUGCACUGCUGUAACAAAUUCUCACAAACUGGGAGCCUUCAAAGAACGGAAAUUUAAUCUCUCACAGUUCUGGAGGCCAGAAGUCUGAAAUCCAGGUGUCGUCAGAGCCACACUCUUUCUGAAGCCUCUAGAGAAGGAUCCUUCCAGCCUCUCCCAGCUUCUGGAGGCUGCCGGCAAUCCUUGGCUUGUAGGCACAUCACUCCAGUCUCUGCCUCCAUUUCCACAUCACCAUGGUCCCUAAGUCGCCUGCCAUGUUUCCUUUUCUGGUUCUUACAAGGACACUCUCAUUUGAUUUAGGGCCCAUCUUAAUCCAGUCUGAUCCCAUGUCAAUCCUGACUUUGAUUUUGUCUGUAAAAACCCUAUUUCCAAAUAAGGUCAUGACCUGGGUUUCCAGGUGAGUGGCUGUGAAUUUUUGAGAGACAUCAUCCAACCCAGUACACGAGGGCACUGGGAUAUACACCCAACAAACCCCAAAGAAUCUGUCCUUUCCUGGGAAAGACUGGCAGGUGUACAAGAGACGGGCUCAGAGGCAACUCCCUCUUCCUCCCCAGAAAGUGAAAACGCAGUUAUUCCAGUGGAGCUGCUUCCCUGCCCACUGCCUGCACACGUUCUGCAGCUCCCUUGCCCACUCCCAUCCUUUUCUUCUAGUACAUGUCUUCUUGUAUAUCAUGCUUCCCUUCUAAAAAAAAACCUUUAUUUGUUUUUCUUGAACUACAGUUGAUUUACAUGUUGUGUUCGUUUCAGGUGUACAGCAAAGUGAUUCAGUUAUACAUACAUAUAUAGCUAUUUUUUUUUCAGAUUCUUUUUUCACACUUCCCUUUUGACUAUAACUAACUCUGCAUGCCCUGGGGCAAAUUAUUACUUCUCUGAGACUCAGUUUCCUUACCUGUAACAUAGAGAUAAUAAGAGCUACCUCAUAGGGUUGCUAUAAGCAUUAAAUAAGAUUUAACUUAGCAGUUCCUAGUACAAGUCUGACACAUGGAAGAUGCCCACUGAGUAAGUUAACAGCCAUAGCUGCAGGUACAGCCCUGCCCCCAAAAUGUUAGGUGUUAAAUGCUUUGCAUGUAUUAUCUGAUCUAAACCUCAGGGCUCCAGGAACCAAGGACUGUUUUUAUCUCCAUUUUAUAAAUCAAGGAAAGUAUAAAGCUUAGAGAGAUUAAGUAACUUGCCCAAGGUCAUUUGGUUAGUAAGUGACAGCAGCUCUGAGACUUGAA